UAAGGAAAAUUAAGCAUGUGGCAUAGGGACGUUUUGCCCUAGUUGUGCUAAACUUGCUCCUCUGUUCUGAUUCCACUUCUCACCCGGCUCCAUCAGGCGCUUCUUCGGGUUUCCUUUAUGCUAUUUAUCAUUCAAAUUACCCGUAGUUAUGAAUCCAUCAACCCACCAUCAUCAGUCUCGCAGAACACACAGAAAGCGUUCCUCAGUCUCAAGGCUGUCGUACGACACGGUGCAGACUCUCCCAGAGUACUCAGCUCCGCUCAAUUCGAGUAAACCAUCCAAUUCAGCGUUCUUUGCGGGAAACGAGUCCGAUAGACCGCCUGACUACCCUGAUAGCGAGGAGGAGGCAGACGCAGAUACGGAGGAGCAGGCGGCUGUGACCUACACUCCACAACGUUUUCAGCUCAAUUCGCCUCGACGCACAGCACCUUGCACACGUAGACGUAAACGCCAGUCAGUCUCUGUACCAGCAGUCGACCAAUCCCUCGACGCGCUGCUUGAGCGCAGCGUACAUGCACUUGAGAUGUCAAAUGCGCUCAUGCAGAGCUCAAUCUCCACUCAAUGCAGUCUUUCGGCGUUGCUUUCAUCCGAAGUCGGGCCGGACCGUUCUCUCGAGGUUCGCGCCAGGAACCUUUCAACGCGAAUCAGAUUGAACAGCGGUGUGCAUGGGACAUGGAUGACACAUCUGGAUGAGAUAUCGAAAGGUGUGGAUAGGCUGUUUGACGAGGAUGUUAUAGACAUCAGUCCGAUAAAGUCGAACGAAAUCGCAAUUAGUCAAUCUCUCCCCAUAUCAAAUAUGAGGGAUUUGCGGCACAGGAGGAAGCCGUCACUACUGGAGCUUAAUGGCUCAUGCUCGAGCGCUUCACAGCUUCAAUUUUCGCUCCCGAAACGUGAUUUGCUCGUCGCGCCUGCCCCUAGGGCGCUCACCCAGUACGUCGAAUCAUCAGCUGAUCCAGGCAUGAUAAUCUUGCCCUCCACCCUGGGGUUACGAAGUUCUGCUUCAUCGCACCUGGCCGACUGGCAGGACCACACAUUUGUCACACAGCAUGAACUACAGUCCUCACAUUCAUUACCUGUACUAUCGGAACAGCCUCAUGAUGUUCCCACUCCAGCAUACAAUCUCCUCUCCAAUAUAGUGAAGCGCUCAGAGUCAGCCACACCUCCACCGAUUGAUCCAUCGUCCUCUUGUAUCUUCACAUCACGGCGUGGUUCAACGAGUACAUGCAGCACUGAACGAGGAUCGAAGCUGUCUAUGUCCCCUUGCUCAGUACGUAGGACACACAUAUCCCCUGAUCGUAAUUGCAAGUCAGAAUCUGCAUGCCGAUCUCGCUCUACGACACCUAGACGACCUGUAACCCCUCUUUCCCGCAUAAUGACUCCACCCAUCGAGGAGCUUUCUACUUCUUCAUCAGAUUCAUCAGAUCACCCUACUGGCUACCGCACCGUUCAGUCCCUCCGCAAAAUCCUUGAUGAACAGUCAUCCUGCACCCCCGUCAACUCUCCCCCUCGAAAAGAUCCUAAAAAAGGUCGGUCACCCAAUUUUAUGCCUGUCACUCCUGCCCCUGCCCCGGUUGCUGGCACAUCCACUGCCACUGCCUCUAUAUCACGUCUUUUCACGAAAGGCAGACAUUCGUCCUCUACCCGUCCCCCUUCCCCACCUACACAUUCCUCCCUGAAAGCGCCCUCCGUGCCUCCGACACCUCGUUCAUCGCCAAGCAGGGGCAGCCUCUCAGAUUUAUUUGGAAAUGGUGUAGCCAAAGUCCUCAGGAGUGAUCCCCCCUCAGGCGUGUCGACGCCCAAGCGCAUCAGCUUCGCGGAGCUCCCAGAGUCAUAUGCAAGCUCACGUCCAGGGCCUUCGAAGAUCUCUGAAAAGCGGAAGAACAAGAGCAGAAAGCGCAAGGGGAAAGACGAAGAAGAGAGGGAGACACUUGGGUGGUUUGAGAGGUUGUUCACUGCGGGGCCUGUGAGCAUGAGCUCUUCACGGAUCGAUGAUCAUAUGGAGGAACGCAUGUCACGAGGGUGGGCGAGUCGGCCUGGAGGUGGGACGUUAGAUGAUUGGGCGGUAUAGAGUUGACAUUGGUCGCAGUCGGAGGGAUAAGUUUUGGGAGUUGUAUGAAUGUAUUUUUAUCACCAAUGUUUUAUUUGCUUUUAGAUAGUAUUAUGACGACGCUUUCCGUCAUGAUUUUAUUUGGACUGCUACGCAUAUAUGUGAUGCGUUCACUGAUCUUCAAUUGUAUACUGUAUACUGUUUGGCAGUGUUCAUAUCGUCUGCGCAUUGUGCUUCGAGUAACUGAGUACUGUAUCCUUGAACCGUCUCAAUAUCACAGUGACUAAAGUGAUCGAUCAUAAGAAAAGUUG